CUGACUUGUGUAUGUGUGUGAAGAAAAUAUGUAACUUGACCUUGUGAGGGUUGAGCAAGUGUAACACAGGGUGGGAGUUCCAGGCAAAGGGGUUUAGAACCUCCUCUCUCUCUCUCGUAAAGCCAUAAAAACCUUCUCAAACAUGCUUAGCUCACAUCUGGACUGACGAGCGUUCCUAAGAGGAGUACACUUUGCUCUGUGAGGAUGAUUUGGAAAACAGCUUUGUACUAUGCCCGAUUCGGACUCGUCCUGGCUUUAGUGUCCGGGCAGCUUACUGAAGAAGAGAAGAAGACGAUCUUGAAUUUACAUAACAUCUACCGCUCCGUCGUCAAUCCUCCAGCUGCUGAUAUGCUACGCAUGACGUGGGAUGAUGGACUAGCUUUGGUGGCUGCAGGUUACGCCGAGCAAUGCAUUUGGAAACACAACCCGGAUGUGGAGAACGUACUGGGAGAAAACCUCUUCGUCACCGCCGGGACUCUAAACGUCAACACAUCCAUACAUAUGUGGUUUGAUGAACACGAAAAUUACAACUAUGAAAGCAACACAUGCAAUCUAUGGAUGUGCGGACAUUACACACAGGUAGUGUGGGCGAAGAGCGACACUGUCGGCUGUGCCUCCCACCUCUGCAGGACGGUUAAGAAUUUAGAGUAUAAGAACUCGACAAUUCUGGUCUGCAACUAUUCCCCACUAGGGAAUGUUUUUGGAAAACACCCGUAUGUGACAGGAGUGCCAUGUUCCAAUUGUCCAGCGAAGGCGAUCGAAUGUAUAGAAAACCUCUGCACUCCCGCCGACAAUAUGACGGAUAAGUACUACAUGGACACGCACCCGACAGAAACACCAUUGACGAAAGCUGUGAGUUCAGGGGAUUUUACAAAACUCUCAAUGGCUACACUGCUGCUCACUGGUCUGACGGUCGCUUUUAUACUCUAAAUACUUGAAUACAAUCGUACGGCUAACGCCGCCAAUCCUGACAUAUAAUCCUAAGACUUUUUUUAUUAACUGUGGAUGAAGUUCCUCAGAUGUUCUUGUUGACUUGAUUUAUUACCACUAGACCAUCACCAAUGACAGCGUCCAUAUCAAAUGUUAGCGGAUGUUUUAGAGUCGCUCCAGAAUAUAUUUAGCGAUCGCAUUGCUCAUGCGUUUAUGUGAGGCACAGAAGUCAGCUCACGUGUAAAAGCUACACUAUGAGAGAUUUCUUUUCAUCACCAUUAUUUAAAUAUUAUAAUUAUUAUCAUAUUCAGUUAAGGAAAAUCCUUUAACAGAAAAUCUGUCGAGUACAAACCUGGAAACAACCGAUGGAAGCUAGUUAGCUAACAGUGAACACAAAAAAUAAAGUAAAUAAAAUUACAUGGAUGAGAAAACAAAUUACUCAAAAGUAUAUAAAUAAACACAGGAAAAGACAAAAGAAGUCAGAAUUUUCCACAUUCUCUUUUGUUUUGCUAGACAAAAAAAAAAAACAAAUUGUAAAAAUGUUUCAUAUGUCUGGUUAAAAUUAACCUGUAUAAUCUGAAGAAUUACCAUGUUUGUACGACAGAGGGCAGGCUUUAGUGAAAGGUUUAAAUAAAUAAAAAAUAAAUAAAUUAUUUCAUUUGUUGUGUAGGGGAAAAUGUGUGAGUGCUGAUAUGACAUGACUGAAUUGAAAAUAAUCAUGAAUUUGCUUUUAUAUUCAGUCUGAACUCUUUGUUCAAGUUCCUCAAACAGGAUUUAGGUUAAUGCUCUAAUUUGUGAUCAAAUACAAACUGGAAAAGAAAAUUAACAUGAAAUCUUACAGCCUGGGAAAAUAGCUGGAACUGAGUGAAGUAACUGGAGUGUGAUGAGUAAUAAAAGGACGUAUUGUGUAGUAUUACAUCAGCACUUUGUUUAAAAAAAAAACAAUCACAUGAUUUCUUUUUAAAACAUUAUAUCAAACUACUAAACUUUUGAACAUCAUUUUCUGAUUAACAUGUUUCUUUAAACUCUAAAUAUUUUUUUUUUUAUGAUUACAUACACUCAGGUGUAACUGGGUUCACUUCCAGGGUUGAUGGUUCGAUUCCCUUCACUGAUAUCUAUGUUUGAUAUUGUAUUGUAUGUUUAAGGGAGUCCAGCAGGGGGCGACAGAGUCUUAAUAACUGCUCAUAGAAAUGACUUGAGACCUCACAAACCCACUCACACACCACUCCUCUGUCUCAAGGCUAAUUAUUUACCUAUUCGAUGCAAUAUAAUUUUAUGUUACUUUAUAUUUUAUAAUAAACUACUUGUUAUUUUUACACACAAUGUUUCUGCUCAUAAAUCCAUACUUUUUUGAUGCAUAUCUGUAAGAAUAAUGUCAAAAGAUAUUAAUUUUGUAUUGAAUAACAAAAAUAAAAGUGUCUGAGUAUUUA